ACGAGUUUCAGAAUCGCGGUCGGGAAGUAGAAGACCAAGCUUGGAGAGCUGCCGCUGGAAACAGCACGCACUUUUAAAACGGACCGCGUAUAAAUCAUACGUCAUUGGAAUGGAAAAACCAACACGGGCGUCUUAAAUUUGCGUUGGAAAGCUCAAAGAGCCCCAUCCUUAUCCGCCAGCCGAUGGUUGAAUUGAUGCCAGAGUGCAAGAAACCUGACCCGAGUAGUUGCAAUUUCUAAGAAAAAAACUUGAUAACAAGAAAGUGCCAGUGCCCUCAUGGAGGACAAGAGGAAGAAAAGGAGUCCCAAAGUGUCGCUUCCCCAUCCCCCUCCUCCACCAAUCAACCCUCGAAAGCUCACCGUUCUCCCGGCGAGCAAGAGCGCCACAUUCUCAUUGGGUCUGCCCCAUCCUCCCUCCCCCAAACCCAGGGGAAAGUGCAAGAGAUCGGUGGGGGCAAUGGGUCCAUCUAAAGAAGCUCUUGCCGUUCCUGUGGUUCCCCCUAAAAACACAAGGCCUCACAGAGAGAAGCCCAGAGCUCCUCAGCCCGCCGGACCUAGUCGCGUGUCCCAGUCCUCCUCACCGCUCCAGCACUCAUUCCUCACCGAUGUCUCCGAUGUGAGAGAGAUGGAGGGAGGACUGCUCAACCUGCUCAACGACUUUCACUCUGGAAAACUGCAGGCUUUCGGUAAGGUGUGCUCCUUUGAGCAACUAGAGCAUGUGAGGGAGAUGCAGGAACGUCUGGCCCGGCUCCAUUUCAGUCUGGACAGUCAUGUGGAGGAGCUGUCUGAAGACCAGAGAAAAAAUGCUUCGGACCGCAAUCUUGAACACCUGCUUUCUAACCUGGAAGAAUUGAGCAGCUCCAUACAGAAACUCCACCUGGCGGAAAAUCAAGACUUACCCAAGACCUCCAACACCUGAAGCAAGAAACCAAACCCAGCCGACCAUCAAAUCACUGUGCAGACCAAAGCCCAAGUUGCCAUGGCUACAACUCAACUGCAAGUUAAUGAGCGCCAUCAUCGUGAUCCGUGACUAACGCAAUGCUAAGUGACGGCAGCAGCAUCAAAGCACAUUCUCCAUGUGAAUGAAAUUCAACAACAAAAAAGGCACUUCUUGUUUGUCUAAAUAUUUUAUUCUUUGCAUUUAACAAUUCCAAUGAUUUUGAGCCUGAAAGCCAUUUUUGUUAAAGUGUUUAAAUUGGGAUAAAUAGUAACUGUACUUACUUUAGGGUUUGAAUGAG